AGAGAUAGCUAUCCUAAGCCGACCGAGAUUUACGACAACAACAACAAGGACACGGUCUACUACGGGAACCCCGAUACUUACGGGACGGAUAAGAGAGAGAAAGAGGCGUACAAGGGUUACAGCAACAAGGACACGAGCUACUACGGAAACCCCAAUAGUUACGGGACGGAGAAGAGAGAGAAGGAGGCGUACAAGGGUUACAGCAACAACGUAGAGAGACAAGGGAUGAGCGAUACGAGGUAUAUGGCAAAUGGUAAAUACUACUACGACCUUGACGACGACAGAAACCACGGAAGCUUCUACCAGAAUCACUAUUACAACUACAAGCCCACCGGUUACAAUGAGAAGAAAUCCAACUUCAAGAAUCCAUACGAUUCGAACCAACAGCCCGAGAUGUUCGGUGAAGAGCAAGGAGAUCAGUUCACUCCAUAAGCAUGCCCACA